AUGUCUACCCCAGGCGAAGAUAUGCCCACUGUGAUUGAAGAGGCUCGCAUGAGAGUUGAUGCAGCAGGAGUUUAUGUCCUUGUGUUUAAUAUGGGAUUUACCGACCGGUUCCACUGGGGCCUUUUCGUUGCGGAAGGCGAUACUGACGGCUUCCUGCACCACUACACCGAUAAGAGUCCUACUGGCGAUUGGGAAUACCAAGUUAUAUCUCCCUACAACGUCCAAAACUCCCUAAGUCUUCUUACUGCAUUGAAGAUUGGAAAAUUGGAUGAUAUGCGCAACGAAUUCCUUACUGUGGUUCACGAGAGACUUAAAGACGUGAAAGUGGAUGGUGUCCAAUCGUGUCGAAAAUGGCUUUUAGAGGCCAUUUAUCUGCUCGCAAACGAGGGGUACCUUGGUAUUCAACCGGACCGGAACAAGAUCAAUUUUAUCGAGUACGAGGCGAAAGAUGCGGCGAUGCGCGCCAUGCAAGCCCGCAAACCGUCCGUUGAAAAAAGCCGAUCCAGCGCUGCAUAG